UGACGAAGACGACAAAGAUGGAACCGUCAGCUAAACAGCAGCAAGCGGCACAGGCCAAGGGCGGCAAGACUGCGGUUUUACGAGCUGCUUCGACAGCGAGUGCCAUCGACGGUGCCAAGAAGCGCCGUCGCCGCGAGAGCUACAGCCGUUACAUCUGCAAGGUACUCAAGCAAGUUCACCCCGACACUCGAAUAUCGGCCAAAGCAAUGGACAUGAUGAACAGCUUCGUAGCCGACAUCUUGGACCGCAUCGGCGAAGAGGCAGCCAAGCUUUCCAUCUGUUCUCACCGCAGCAUCAUCACUGCGCGUGAGAUCCAGACCGUGACGCGGCUGCUGCUGCCCAGUGAGCUGGCCCGCCAUGCUGUCUCUGAGGGAACCAUAGCAGUCAGCAGGUACACGUCCUCGCAGCCGGCGAUGGCCAUCAUGAACAGCUUCGUGGCCGCUAUCUUGGACCGUAUCGGCAAAGAGGCAGCCAAGCUUUCCAGCUGUCCUCACGACAGCACUAUCACUGCGCGUGAGAUCCAGACCGUGACGCGGCUGCUGCUGCCCGGUGAGCUGGCCGGCCAUGCUGUCUCUGAGGGAACCGAAGCAGUCAGCAGGCACACGUCCUCGCAGCCGGGUUUACCACCACCGGCGCCGCAGCAGUAGGCAGCCCUGCUGUACGUUUCGCACCUUCCAGGCAAACUGCCGACGCGGUGUGUGCUCGUUGUGGACGACACUCGGUGAACUUUUUUU